AUGACCAAGAUAAUCCUUAACCUAGGGGAUGUUGAUGAGGGUGACGUGGAUGCGGUUUUCGACCGGUGGUGUGCAGAGGUGGUUGGGGUGUUGAAAGGUGAUGAUGACGGUGGUGCUGUUGAGAGUGAUGAGGAAGGUGGUGUUUUGAGUGGUUCUGAAGGUGGUGAUGACUCCUCCAAUUUCUUUGAUUGUUUCACCAGUGGUGGUUUAUUGGAUUUGCUUUACAGUCAAUUGAACAUUGGGUAUAAAAUUAUUGGUUCAUAUAGCGGUGUCAAGAUUUGUAGAUGGACCAAGUCUCAGCUUCGAGCACGAGGUGGUUGCUACAAGCACUCAUUUUAUGGAAUCGAGAGUCAUAGUUGUGUCACUCAGCGAACAUGGCUUCCAUCACCUCCGUCGAACUCAAUCGGUGCUGGAUUCUCCCAUGUUGGUGACCAAUUCAUCUUUCGGCUCUUCUUCUUCGUCACCGUCGGCGGCGGACCCAAGCUCUCUCUUCUCGACGACGAUUCUGAAGUGGAGCUGCUUAGUAUAUCCAACGGCGAUGAGGAUAAUGUCAGAGAUCCGGUUGCUCCGUCUAAGAGCCGUGGCGGCGCUGGUGGUAGCGGACGACAACCGUCGCUGGAUGAGGAUCGGACAUGGGAUGGUGAGGAGCCUAGUCCCUGGAAGCAUGUUGACGAGGCUGAGGACCUAUACAGAACCUUGAACUACCCACCGGAGCUUCAAGGAUGGAAUGGUAGCGAUCCUUGUGUGGAGUCUUGGAACGGAGUAGCAUGUUCUGGGUCAUCAGUUAUACACUUAAACAUGGCUUGCAAUUAUUUGAGCCAAAAUGCCCCUCAUUAUUUACCAACCAUGAAGAAACUGAGACAUCUUGCAACUAUGUUUGGAGUUUCAACAGAAUCAAUGCAGUUAUCAUAUGACACAAGAGGGAACAGUGUGCCGACAAUUUUGUUACAAAUGCAAAGGCACUUGUAUGCCCAAGGAGGGUUGCAGGCAGAGGGGAUUUUCAGAAUUAAUACAGACAAUACUCACACUGAAGCUUCCCUUCUUGACUGGGCUAUUAAUCUGAUGGUUGAUGUUGUCCAAGAGGAACAUCUGAGUAGGAUGAAUGCACACAAUAUUGCCAUGGUUCUAGUAAACUCAGUUUCUCCAGGAAUAGUAGGGAGGAAAAUGCAUACAUAUACUGUAUUAGUCCUUUUCAUUUUUGUUAUAAGAUUGCAGAUCAUAGUUAAAAUAUUGCUAAUGUAAUUUUUUAUCUUAUGCUCAAAGACGGAAGUAAAACUUUUUAAA